AUGUCGUUACCAAGAGGUGUAGGUUUGGGAGUGGAUGUGGGACAGUUAAUGCAACAUCAACAGCAGCAACAACAACAUCAUGUGUUGCCUGCAGCAUUUUUCUUACGCGCGAGUGCCGAGCGGUACCAAAGGACACCUAAGUGUGCGAGGUGUAGAAACCAUGGGGUAGUUUCGGCACUCAAGGGACACAAACGUUACUGUCGAUGGAGGGAUUGUGUGUGCGCGAAAUGCACCCUCAUCGCGGAGAGGCAGAGGGUCAUGGCCGCUCAGGUUGCCUUGAGGAGACAGCAGGCACAGGAGGAGAGUGAAGCACGAGAACUCGGAUUGCAGUUGCAAUAUAAUAAUGGAAAUUGUGCAAGUGGCCAAGUUUUGCAAAAUACUACGGGUGCUGUAACUCCUGCGGGAAGCCCUCCUCCACAUCCUGGACAUGUUUCGAGUCCGGUGGGUCUGCAAAUCCCAUCCGCCGCUGCAGCAGCGGCGGCGGCUGCGGCCGCACAAAUUCAGACGCAACUUCAGCAUCAACAACCCGAUUGUGGAAUCCUUCAGCGGAUGAGAGUCCCGCAGGAUGAUUAUAGACACAUCAAAUCUGAGAAAAACGACAUCAUUUCUCACAGCAAUUCCCUCGGCUCCAUUACAGGUUCAAAGAGAGCACGGAUCUCUGCAGAACCCGGAAACGAGGAAGAGGACCAUGACUCGGAUUCGGGGCCGGAAGUUCAUGGAGUGGGUAAGCUUCAACAUUCCAGUUCCAAUACCCGGUCCAGAUCCCAAUCAAGAUCCCAUUCCCGUUCCCGUUCACGAUCCCGUUCGAAUUCACGGACUUACGGAGCUCCAAAUGCCCAACACGCAGUGGUAAAUUCGGAUCCGGAUGGGGUCAUCAAUCGGAAGUGUGAGAACAGCAUUAAUGAAUCUGAGGAAGGAAGUGCGGAACCUGGGACACCUAGUCCAACAAACACACCACCCUUAACACCUGCUCUCACCCCUCAGAGAGAAGACACCCCCGCACCGGAAAAUUUAAGUCUCCGGAAAACAGGAAGUCCUCCACAAACGCAACCUAGCCUGCAGGCAAUGGAUCUCGUCAACCCGAGGCACAACUCACCGCCCUCUUCUUUAGCGGCUGCAGCAGCUGCGGCUCAUUUUUCACCAUAUGCUCCUCUCUAUGGGCCAGCAGCAAGUUCCUUGUACUGUUCACCAGCUCUAUACCAACAUCAACAUCAUCCACAUCUUCACGAACCCAGAGAAAUUCAGAUGCAAAUGCAAAUGCAGAUGCAGAAUAUUCAACAGCCUUGUGGUCUUCAAGUCCAGCAGCAACAACAACAGCAGCAAAGAUCUCCUGUUGAUGUUUUGCUUCGAGUUUUUCCAGGAAGGAGGAGGAGUGAUGUGGAAGCGCUGUUACAUCGAUGCAAAGGUGAUGUCGUUUCUGCAAUGGAAUUCAUGGUCUGCGAAGACAGUCUCCAACCAAAAUCCGCCUUUUCGCCAUUGGCUGGUGCACUCGCAUCAGCUGCAGUUGUGUCUGCAGCCUCUGCAACCGCAACUGCAGCUUACGCAACUCGCAAUGCAUAUUGUGGUCCAAGUCCGCCAACAAGGCACAGAUUUUUAGCAGCACCUUAUACCGGAACUGGAUACCUGCCCACAGUCAUUAGACCACCCAAUCAAGCGAAUCAUCCCAAUGGCACCAACGACGCGUACCGAGAAACUAGUCCAGACGACGCCAGUGACAAAACGAGCUACUCCGAGUGACCUGGACCAGGUCAGACUUCUUUCUGGUCUUUUCUGUAACAUUUCACUCAAUUUCGCAUCAGUGUGUUCGGAUUCCAUAAUUCCCAGUUUUCAAAGCUUUGGACAAUUUAAUAAGCUGAAGAAAUUCCCUGGCUAUAAAAAUAGGGUCUCAAAACGGUCAAAUUGGUGCUCCUGAACGGCAGAUCCCUAUAGAAGUGAUUUUCCCAGUUUUUCAUGAAGAAAAUAACCACUCACAUUCUAUGGAUUUGCCCUGUGACAUAUCCGCAAAAUAAAAGUUCAUUCGAGAAAUUCGAAAGAAAGGUCGUAGAAAAAAUGCAUUUGGCAAGUGAUGCAAGUAUACAAUUAUAAAUAAAUUAAUGUAAGUGUGUAGAUACGAAGAUACAACAGUACAUAUAAUGCAGUUGCUAGUGAGUAUAUAAAUAAUGUGUGUAGGUGAACUUGUUAGCGUUUUAGAAAAUAGUUACGAAAAACUGACAAUGUAAAUAAAUCGCCAGUUAAAUGAUGAUAGUCGAUACAAUUUUAAAGUACCAAUACGAAUUGAUUUUGAAUUUUAGUUCAAUUUGAAAGCCUUUUGGAUAGAGUGGAAAUUUGCAACUUCAUUUAUUUCUAAGGUUUUCAAGUACUUUGCACUGUAUCUGAAGAUGGCGAAAUAGUCUCCAAAAAAAUGUACAAUUGUGAUUAAUUGGAGAAGUCAGAUUUAGUUAUUCAACUCUAAACCGAAAAUACGUAUACGCAAUUAUAAUAAUACGUGUAAAAUUUCUAUAAGAUGUUUAGCCAAAUACUGACUGCUGACAGUGAGAUUAAUUGGUACCAUAAGAACAGUCUUCUGUAGGUAAAUCUGUUGUGUACGAAUACGAAUGUAUAGACCGGAAACCUCAAUAAACGAACUAUUGAUAUAUCGUA